AACGACAAUCAACUAAGUGUUUAAUUAAGUCAAUUCAUCCCAACUUUGAGGAAACAGUAGUAUUGGUUGUGGGAUGAAAUGUCAGUCAAUACAAGUACAUCCAUUAUCUCAUCUAAUGGUGUCCUCCGAUACUAUUUAUUUGAUUUUUGGCGUGAAAUGGGCGAUCACCGGACCGCUGACUACCCGCUCAUACGAGACGGCCCGUGGCUUAUGCUAACAAUUAUGACCAGUUAUUAUCUGUUUGUCCAUAAAAUAGGUCCGAGUUUUAUGAAAUCUCGCGAACCGUUUGAAUUGCGGUCAACGUUAUUGAUAUACAACAGUGCAAUGGUUGCGGCAAACGCUUACUUCUUCAUUCAGGCGCUUCAAUGGAUUAAAUACGGUUCAGCUUUGUUUGACUUUAGAUUUCCGACAAAAGAUGACCAUUCGGUGGCCAUUCAGCAACAGAUCUGGUCUUUCUAUUUGUAUUAUUGCACCAAAUUUGUCGACCUCUUAGACACCGUGUUCUUUGUUUUGCGCAAAAAGUAUUCACAGAUAACUACUCUUCACGUCUAUCAUCACACGGCUGUUCCCGUAUUGGGUUGGAUGACCUUCUGGUACCGGUUCAAUGUGCCGUCCAUAACCUUAUUUGCAUUACUCAAUUCAUUGGUCCAUAUGGUUAUGUACUCGUAUUACGCACUGUCAGCUCUGGGACCACGAAUCCAACCGUUUCUUUGGUGGAAACGAUACAUAACACAACUCCAGUUAUUGCAAUUCUGUGCGUUUGGAGCCUAUGGUACUCUCGUUAAGCUUCUCCAUCAGGGAACCUACCCGUCCUUUGCAUUUUGGACCGCAUAUUCACAAUCCAUACUAUUUUUCUAUAUGUUUAUUAAGUUUUAUUUCAAGUCUUACUGUAGUCGCAAAAGUGCUAAACUCGAUAAUAAAACACAAUAA